AGUAAUAAAUUUUGAUAUACAUUUGUCCAACGAGGUAGAGGCUAGUCUGAUGAGGGGGCUCUCCAGAAAGGCAGGAUGCAACAGAACAGGAACAUCCAGAUCAUUGAAUGGGAGGACCUGGACAAGAGGAAGUUCUACUCCUUCGGGGUAUUCAUGACCAUGACCAUCCGGGCCACCGUCUACCCGGCCACCCUCAUCCGCACCAGGCUGCAAGUGCAGAAGGGKAAGUCGCUCUACAACGGGACCUUUGAUGCCUUCUUCAAGAUCCUGCGGGCCGAGGGCGUGCGGGGCCUCUACCGCGGCUUCAUGGUCAACACCUUCACUCUCAUAUCGGGCCAGGCUUACAUCACCACCUACGAGCUGGUGAGGAAAUACGUCUCCAACUAUUCCAAGGACAAUACCGUCAAGUCUCUGGUGGCUGGUGGCGCGGCYUCCCUGGUCGCACAAACCAUCACUGUCCCCAUAGACGUGAUUUCCCAGCAGCUGAUGAUGCAGGGCCAAGGGAAGCACCUGACUCGCUUCCGGGUCAAGCUCAAAACGGAGGCCGACGGGAAGACCAAAAUGGCAUUUGGCCAAACCAGGAACAUGAUUGCUCAGAUCUUUGCGGCCGACGGUUUCCGAGGCUUCUACAGGGGAUAUGUGGCCUCCCUUCUAACAUACAUCCCAAAUAGCGCGGUCUGGUGGCCUUUUUAUCAUUUUUACGCAGAACAGCUAUCCAAAAUGGCGCCCAGUGACUGCCCUCAUCUACUACUCCAAGCCAUGGCCGGACCACUAGCUGCUGCGACUGCAUCCACUGUCACCAACCCCAUGGAUGUGGUCAGAGCUAGAGUGCAGGUUGAAGGCAGGACCUCCGUCAUCGAGACGUUCAGGCACCUGCUGGCAGAGGAGGGAUUCUGGGGGAUGACCAAAGGGCUGUCUGCACGCAUCAUAUCCUCCAUUCCRACCGCCAUCGUUAUGGUCGUGGGCUARGAAACCCUCAAGAGAGUGAGCUUGAGACCGGWGCUGGUCGACUCCAGACACUGGUAGAGGACAUUAGCACCCAAUCCCAAAUCGACCCCUAGCCCAAACCCCCUAUGCCCAYGUGAGGGGGUUAGGGGAUAGGGUUUACCAAUAUGGAAAUAGCUACAAAUUUCUCACUUGAAUUUUCACCACAUUGUAUAUACAAUCAUAGGGGGUAAGGGACACAGAUUGAUUUGGGAUMGGAAAUUGUUGUUGUGGCCCUGAUUCCAAUUUGGCCUCUAGAGCUCCCCUGACCUCACCACUGCAUAGGUGAUAGCAAUAGAGCACAAUAUUGGCCCAGGGACUGAAAUGGAACUGGGCCAACAAGCUCUGCCUGCUUCUAUUCCUUAAUGGCUUCCUUGUCCUUAUCAUUUUGUUUGCCUUUUAAACUACUGCUGCCUUUUAGUGGGGAUUUUAUCUUAAGUUGUAGGUGAAUGAAGGGACAGUAGUUUGAGAUUUGAUGUCAUUACAAUGUGUAAUUUGUGACCGGUGCUGAGCGAUUAACRGAAAUGUUGGUUAUUUUUCYUUUUUUAAACAACUAAUUGACCAAUGUCUGUUGAAUUAUUUGAAUUCCAUUUACUUGUUUUUUUGUCUGAGCGCUAUGCACAGUUUUUCUAGCGAUAAAUCAGAUCAAGCCCGAACUGUGCAAUGGAGUUGUAGUUUCCAACAGGCUAAUAUUCUACAUAGUUUAGCGCAGAAAACACGGUAGUCAACUACAAUGACCAUAAUCCAUUGCGUGCCUACUUGUCUGGUCUGAGACAGAAGAACGAGAUCAGGAGGGAUAGAAAACAGUGGCAUAGUGAGGCAUCUACCUGAAAAUAAAUUAUCCAAGAUUGAUAGUUGGUUUUCAGCAGUCAUAAAAGCAUGCCUUGUUUACUUUGAAGAACUACUCAAAUAGUGAUUUUGUCAGACAGCAUGGGCAGCAGCUCUGUAAAGAUGAGAUGACUUGGAAUGAAAUAACGUCAUCAAAUAGGCUGAAAACAAAUGAAAUAUUGAAUUAAAGUCGUGAAUAAAUGAUGCUUAAUAAGUGAUAAGCAGUAAUGGGCAGUCACUACUGUCAUGGAACUUUUAAUUGUUUUACUCUGUGUUACAGUAUUCAAACCACAUAAUGCGCAGUGCAUUUAAUGUAAAAAAAUUAAUAAUUAAAUAAAACUAUAAUUUUUUUAAUAACCAAACUGACCUCAAAAAGUAAUCGCUCAGCACUAGUUGGUUCCUUCGGUAUAAACACUGAACUGAUCCAUCACUUCUAAUGUAUUUCUACUGUCUUAGUAAUAGGAUAGAUGCUCUUAAAUCUGUUUKUAGCUGCCCUCUGUAGCCUUUAUCAGGUUUAGUCCUAGGAGGUAGCAACAGCAAAUUGCAUACACAAGUUCAGCUCAAACACACAGGACAAAACAACCAAUUAGGGCACAUGUCCCUCUUCUUCUUUGACUUUUCACUUGCAAAGACCCUCCCUUUAGUCCUCCCAACUAAUCUCGUCCACCAGCCAGCUCUUUAGCAAUUAAGCUGGGGUCAGACAAGGUUACUCCAGCACAAAAUAAAGAAGUCGGUAGAGUCACAUUAUUAACAGAAAUCUAGGCUAUGGAGGGUAGAUGUAAAUGAUACAAUUAUUAUAUUAGAAGUAGUACAUAUAACUUUUGGGGUGUUUAGGGCAGCCAUCUAUUUGUGAAUUAAAAAAGAUGUGAUGUGACCUGUAAAUGAUACUGUUAAAGCACAUUGUUUCCAAUUGUCUUCACCUCAACUCCAAUAUUCAAUAGUUUGACCCUGGUAUUUACCAUUGCUGCUGUGGCAAUAUUAGCAAUUUUCAACUAAUGUUGUACUGAACAAUCAAGGUUGUUGGCCAAUUGUGAAACGCUAACUGUUGUAGUUUAAAAUGUUGAGUAAAUGAUUUCUGCUGG